AUGCCGGAACAUACGCCCGCACCAACUCCGGGCCGUGCCAUCUACGGGUUCGCCUUGUUUUUGCUCUUCAAAACACUCUUCGCCAUGUACGUGGUCUGGGCAUUUGUGCCCACGGCGGUGUUCGAUCGGCUGGGGCUUACGUAUCUACCGGACAAAUAUUUUGCCCUCUUCCUACCGAUACUAGCACUGGUGGCCAUCACAUUGUUUGCCUUUCUAGUGUAUCCCUCGCUGGCGCUUGCAAUGACCCCGGAUGUCGAUGAUCGAGCGACAGUCACCGAUGCGUACACGAUCGUACGAUGUCAGUAUCAGUUCCCGGAUGGUGGCGCCUGUAGUCAGCGGGUGGACGAUCCGUAUAGUCAAGGAUGGAAUGCUAAGAGGCAUUGUGAGAAGCACGCGACGCGCAUGAACGAACAACAACCACGGACAGUGCGUGUGGCCAACUUUUGUGACUGUCCUUACGAGGCGAUGUGUUUGCUGCGGAAAGAUCCCGAUUACCUACCGACGCUACGAAGGAAGGACCCCAUCCCGGCCGUUAGUGAUCUAAGCCUUGCCAAAGUGAGCCGUGCUCUGUAUCGGAGAUAUUGAAAAGGACCCAAACCGAAGGACGGAGAGUACACUGUAUUCAGAGGAUUUAUUCUGUUUCAACGUGAAAGAUACAACUAGCGAAGAUAAAACCAAAUCUAAACCA